AUGAAAUAGCCACUUAGUUUCUUUGGGACAAUUCUUUGCAAAAUUAUCGGUGAGAUGGCAACAUUGAAGAAGAUUGAUCAAAUUCAGCUUGCAAAUUGGAUUGGUAGAGAAUGUCACUUCGAUCUUCUUUACGCAGUGAGCAGAGAUGGUUGUACCGGUGCGAAAUUCCACGAACUAUGUGACAAUAAAGGACCCACUGUGACUGUCUUCUUCAAUGCAGACGAUAAUGUUUAUGGUGGAUAUGCAUCUAAAAGCUGGACAAGUAACUCAGAAUGGGUAAAUGACAAUGUUGCCUUUUUAUUUAAGCUGUACACCAAAAACAUGUGGAAGCCACAACAAUUUACAAAUAAAUGUAAAGACCAAACAUUUGCAUGUGAAAAUAAGUGGGGACCGUGGUUUAGAGAGUUGCACAGUUUCAAAAGUCCUAUCGAGAAAAAAACAAAUGUUUAUAAUCUUGAUAAGGAAUCUCUCUUUAAUGGAGAAUUCUUUAACAUAGAGAAGGAAAAUGCAGGAUCCAUUGCUUCUGGACACAAUAACGUGAAGGAUUUGGUUGUUUACGCAGUGCUUGAUGGACCUGGCUCUCUCACUCCAUGGAGAAUUCCUCCUUUAUGGACAUUACAGGCUUGUCAGGAUUUAAAAGACUUUAUUUCGACGUAUCAACCUCCUAAGGACCUAGAUGUUCCUGACGUCAACAUAUUGCUUGUAGGUGCGGUUGGAGCAGGAAAGUCUAGUUUCCUUAACACAGUAAACUCUAUUUUCCAUGGAGAUAUAACAUCACGCGCAUGUACAGGAAGUUCUGACCACAGCCUAACAACAAAACUUCAGCAGCUGCGGGUUCGAGAUCCAUCCUCAGGAUCUUAUAUGCAUGUCCGACUUUUCGAUACUCCUGGCAUAGAAGAGGACCUUUCAAUCAAACAAGAAGACAUUGGCUUUAUCCUUGAUGGUCAUCUUCCAAAUCAAUACAAGCAAGAGACCUCAAUCAAAGAUAAAAUUCCGGUGACUUAUGUGAUUGAUGCUAGUACUAUUGGAGAAAUAAAGCCAGGCGUUUACACACACUGGUGUUAUCAAAAGACUCAUUGUAGACAGAGGUUUUCCCUUUUGGUUGUCCUUUUAACAAAAUUGGAUAAGGUGUGUCAGCUUGUGGAAAACGAUAUCACAAACAUCUUUAAAAUUGAAAUGGUAGAAGGAAAAGUCAAUGAGGUUGCACAAAUGAUAGCCAUCCCUAGAUCACACGUUCUUCCGGUUAAAAACUACAAAAAGAAACCGAAUUGCAAACUGAAAUAA